UCAUUAUUUGUUAUAGAGAAUGGGAAAAGUUCUGUUUUGUAAAUAAACAAAUUAUUGUACCUAGAUAAUUAAUUAUUUAUUGUAUAUUUUAAAUAAAAUAACCAUGAAUAACUCGUCCAACUAUCUGCGAAUUGAAAAAUCCGAAAAUUUUCUUCUCUUUUAUUCUUAAUCAGCUAGAAAUCCUUGGCCUAGAAGUUUUUCAUCAAAAAAAUGAUUCCUCCCUUAACACCAGGGCAAAAAGAAAUAAAACAAAACAUGGUAGGAUGGAAAAACACAUUCAAUAUGCGCCAAGUGACUUUAAUUAACUUGGCCUCAACUACACUGGGAAUGAAAAAUGGGGCCAAAAUAUCCAACCAGAAUCAUAGAAGAUCCUUCAGUGUCACCAGCCCUACAAAAUCUCUGGAUCUCCUACGGAAAAAUCUUCAAGCGGCUAUGAAUAAGGAUAUUGAUAAUGUGAUAAAAAAAUAUAUUGAUAAAUUUUUCCAACCUGCCGUAACCAACAUAAAAACCAAUCUUGGCCAGGACAGCGUCACCGAGGACCAUAUUAGAAACGUGUGCAAACAAAUCCUGGAAGAAGCCAAAUCCAUGUAUAUUACACCCGCCAGAGACAGACAUAAUCCCUCAUAUGAUUCAGACCUAAACGAUUGCGACUCCGAAAGCGGAAAUAAUGGGGAAGUCAGAUUGGCUCCCCUACAAGGAAGUUCAUCGAAGAGGAAAGACACAGGCACGGAAAUUUCUACUGUGCAACCCACACCGAAAAAAUCUAAGACAAAGUCACCGUCUGGCUAUUAUAAUGAUAAUAUGGGGUGUAAAUUCUCGUUAAAAAGAGACGGACCUAAGUGGAGGCCUGAGAGGAUUAAGCCUGAAACUUUGUUUAUUAUGGGGUCUAGAGCUAAUAAAGUCUUAGGUUAUGGUCAAACGAGAGGCAGACUGUACGUCCGCCAUCCAAACCUCCUAAGAUACUGCGGCGACCAAGAAGACAAAGAAUGGUUGCAAUCCCAAAACCUCCUUCCAGCCAACGGUGGCAAAAUUUACAUUAUGCUCCUGGAGGACAUCAAAGAACUGACCGAGAGUGACGAGUACAGAAACAACCCGAACCUCCAACUGCAAGAACUGAAGGGAUUCGAAGCGCCGAAAUUCAUGAACGAGAAAAUUAAAGCGUUUCUGGAGUAUAUUAAGCGGGAAAAGAAACUAAUGGCCGUCUUGGAUAUCGACGACCAUCAUACGGACACGCCGCCACCUAACGUCACAAUUACGAACGACGGCGCUAUACCGAGCGUAAGUGCGGCCAGUCAAACUCAGGAUACGUCGUGGAAAACGUCACAGAUGAGGCAGCAGAUGGAUUAUCCGAAUAUGUCGAGCGAUAUGAGUAGUCUGAGUAGUUCGGUUAUAUCGAGUAUAUUGGCGGGAACGUAUGUUCCUAUGAACGGGCAUUUUAAGGUGUCGACCAAUUCGGAUGGAAAAAGUGGCAAUUGAAUUUUCUUUGAUUGAUAUCUAUAGACAAUUAGCCUAUUAUUGUAUAAUGUUAUUUGUUCUGUUUUAGGUCUUGUUAUUUAUUUUUGUAAUAAUUUUACAGUAUGGUGCCUAGUCCAUUAGGUCAUAGGAUUAAUUACUCUUAGGAUUAAAUUUUUUUUUCUUUAAAACUGAAUCUGCUGUAUAGAGAACUGGAGACAACAAGAUAAACUUGAAAUUCUAAAAGGUAUAAAAAUGAGGUUAAAGAUUUAUAAUAAUAAUUCCAAAAGCAGUGGAACGACAGAAAAAUGUCUCUCAAGGCAUGGAGUAGAUAAAAAUUACAUCAAAUUCCUGGGAGAUGUACGAAAGUACCCUAAAAGCCUAGAAAAAUCAAAAAACAAAUUGUAAUAUCUAGAAGAUCAAAGAAUAAAAAUUUUGGACAAUAAAAAUUAUCCACCAGUAAUCCACAUACAAUUUUGAUUGAGCACAAAUAAUAAAAUUUGCUGUGCGGAUCCGUCACUGCACCUAGAAGACAUAGAAAAUGACUCCAAAAACGAGGAAAAAUAGUUCCAAUCCAUCGAAUACAUUGAAUACAUCAAAUGCCUGGAAUAAAUUGAAAUAUUACUUUAAAUACCGAAACUACAUGAAUAUUUUUUCAAUUUCUAGAAGACCAGAUAAAAAUUUCAAAAAAUAAUCGUCCGGAAUUCUCGAGGAAACAUAAUUUAAUUAUGAAAAAAACAAGAGUUUUAGUCAUAAGUUUCGAAUUUAAAAUGUAUUAAACAAGUGACACGUGUUUUGUUGUCUCAUACGGCAUCCUCAGAACUACUUAAAACAGCCUCUAACACAACCGGGACAUAGAUCUAAGACGUGACAAUACCAAAUAAUUUGUUAUGUGUAAUAAUGUCAAAGAAUAUAUCUAAUAAUAUAAAUAUACCUGCAUGGAAAACACAUUUUAUACAAAAAAGUGAAAAACUUUACAGACCAGUAUGUUUAAAAUAAUCACGACAAUAAUUUAGGAAUGAAUGUAUUCUUUUGCACUUAGAAUACGAUGGAUGUGUAGAAGAUUACUAUGGAUAUAAAGAUCACCUCCUCGAGAAUAGUAGUAUUAAAAGAUUGUAAAAACCAAAGAAAAAGCCUCUCAAUAACAUGGAUUCAUUAGAAGAAAGCUUUUGAUAGUGUACCUCAUAGCUGCUAAAUUAAAACCAGGGACAUAUACGGAACAUGUUUUCAGUAAUACUCUCGUUCUAUACUAAACUAAUCUCCAUCUGAUGAAUGGAUAAAGCCGAAUAAAAAGCAUUAAUAUUAAAACUGGUAUCUAUCAAGGAUUGCAUUGCUAUGAAGCAUUGUUUCCAUUAAGUUCAAUUUCGAUAUAAAUGCAAGGAUAAAACCCAAAAAACAAGCCAUUUAUAAUAUAUUGACGACCUGAAAUUAAUGCCAAUUGACGCACAUAUGGAGUUUGGCCUUAGGAAGAAAACAUCCAGGUUAGGCAAAAAAAACACCAUUAAAUCACUGAAAUGACAAGAUGUAUAAAAUAAGUAUCUCGGUAUUGGUGAAAAUGACGGAAUCCAACACAAGAAAAUGUAUUCUUCAUCAGAAGAGAAAGAUUUAGAGCAAUUCUAAAAACCCAGCUAAGCGCAAGAAAUAAAAUGUCAGCUAAUUACAUCAAUUGCUUUUAAUGAUUUAACAUUUUUCCUUCUAAAAGUAUAGUACAGUACUGCAAAGGUCUGGAAAACGCGAAAAAAUAUUUCCAGGCCCAGGUAAACAUAAAAAUUACAUUAAUUGCCGAAAUAAAUCAAAUGGAUAAAGUAUUUAUAUGAUAAAUUGUGUCCAAAUCCUGGAAGACCUGAAAAUGAAAUCGAGUGCCUGGUAGACGUAGUCUUCCAAAGUCUGGAAAACGCGAAGUAAUAUUUCCAAUAUCAAGGAAACAGAUAAAUGACAACAAUUGCCUGGAAUAAAAUUUAAAAAAUACUACAAAUUACAAAAAUAUAUCACAAAUUGCUUCCAGCUCCUGGAAGACAUAAAAAUGAUAUCAUAUUCAUGGAAGACGUAGUUGAGGAGUCUGGAAAACGCAAAAAACUAUUUCCAAACUCAGGAAAACAGAAAAAUAACGUCUGUAAAAUAAAACGAAAAAAUAUUUCAGCUGGAUAAAAUAUAUCGAUGGUUCUCAAUGAUAACGACACUACAACUUAAAGUAUAUUUUUCAGGAGAGCAAUUUGAAAAUAUUACCGUUAAAGAGUUGUUUUUUUAUUGGAAAGUAAAAUAACUUUUUAAUAUUUGUUGUGGUAUUGCUUUAUAGAAGAACGAUAAACUCUCAAAUAAUGUGUUUAUUUUUUGUUGGCUCUUUUUUGACUAACUACAAAAGUUAGUCAAGUUGGUGUUCUACAUUAUAAUGAUUUACUUUAUACGUAUAUUUUUAUAUAGAGAGUUUUAUUUUUGUUUGCUUAAAGGCACUUAACUUAUUAAAUGCCGCAUAAAAUUUAGGUAAAUUAUGUUUUUAUCCACGUACUUAAGCAGUCCUUUCGUUUUCUUCUGGUCUAACCCUAUGAGCCUAACGUACAGCUGCUUCAAACGUAACUCAUCUGCAGUAGCAUUAUUACAUCUAGUACUUCGCUUUUAGGAAAAAGCUUGUUCAUACAUUUUUUUAUCUUCAAAAACCUGGAAGUAAAAUUAAAAGACAUUACAAUGUCAAAUAUAUAGCAGAGUCAGCGAAAUCCCGAAUCAACCGUAAUUUGAACAUUCUAAAGAAAUAUGGAUUUAAAUAUAUAAAUCAAUGCUUUUAUUAAUAUUUAUAAACCUUACAAUGUUUAUUCUAUUUUUAAGUUUUGUUAUUUAUUUUUGUUUAAGACUUUUACAUAUACAGUGUAUAUUAAACAAGUUUACAUUGACCUAGUACAAUUGACUUUUUAAGAUAAUAUUUUCCAGUUAUUUUAACUUUGAUAGUUUCUUAUGGAGAUAACUUUUUAGUUUACACUGUAUAUUUUUUCUAGAUAGAAUUCCUCUUGUUACCUGUGAGAUUUUUAGGUGAAAUUUUUGAUGAAAAUCUA